UGAUGAUGAUAACAAACGUCAAAACCCCCAAACAAAAACGGCGUGCAAAUGUUUUCCUAAAAUAACAAUAUUCCUUUUAUUCCAUAAACGAUCGGCAUUUAUUAGUAUUUAUACGAUGGAUGGAAUCAGUUUCGAUUCCUUGACCUACCUUUCGACGGACGAUUCGUUUGUGAUCGAGUGCAGCGAUGAUUUUGGCGGAAUUUGCGAGGACAUCGUGCGGCUAGCUAGUGCUUCGCAUUUCGUUGAUCCUUUGGACGUAAUCCCGGGAAACGAUAGUCCGCCUAGCAAUACCUAUUUCUCAUCGGUAAGAUGUUUCGACAAGGAGAUGCCUUCGCUGUUCUCCGAUAUGGAAUACCUGACGGAGGUUUCACCGGAAACGGACAUGGCUAUCGUACCUGCAAGGAGUGUUCCCGUUGCUGUCAACCCGAGUGAAUUUUCCUGGACCCGUAAAGAAGCUUCGACUGAACAAAAGACUGAUGUCGCCUCGAGACUUGCUGAAGAAGCCUCUUUUUCAACACAGGCAAAUCUAGCGGAAUCUUCCAUCACUAGCAAUCGAUACAUUAGUUCAACCAACUAUAGAACAAUAUUGCAGAAUUACAUUCAGAAAGGCAAACGUAAAAUGGAGGCAAGCUCAUAUUCAAAAAUGAAGGCAAGCGUCGUCAGCGUCAAAUCGGGCACUAACUCCACCUCCCUCAUCGAAACCGUGACCUGUGCUUCCUUCGAUAGCAAUCCUUCAAACUCCACUGCCAUGCUCGGAACGAAUGCCCUUCAGCGGCAACCCGACGUCCGAUUACAACCUGACACUGCUUCCCUGCCUAACUAUCGCUGCCAUGAUUGCAACUCUUGCUUCCUGUCGGUGGAACGGCUCAAGAAACACACUUGCAUCAUUACGGAACAGUAUCAAUGCCAGCUUUGUCGGCGGGAAUUCCGGAAGCGGAAGACUCUGGAACAGCAUAUCAAAUCCCACGACAAGGUGUUCUCUACCGACGACGAUCUGCGAAAGUGGUGAAUUUGGCUCUCGGGUUUGCAGUGUCUCUGAAUUUUAUGUUUUAAUGGUACCAUGUGAGGCUGAUAAAUGUAGUUGGUUAUUAUUCGUUGUAUGAAAAAAAACUACCUUUUUAAGUUGCCUUGAA